AUGGGACUGAGUGCUGCCGCUGCUCCCAGCGCGAGUCGAGCUCGUCCGCUGCGUGCCUCAUGCUUCUCCUUCUUUACCAUCCUGGUUCUGCUUCUGCUGCUGACAGCGCCGUCGCUGGUGGUCUCUGCAUCAGCGCGACAGCAACAGGACAAGGCAAACCCGUCGUCGUCGUCUCCCAACCAGGCCAACCAGGCCAACCAGGCCAACCAGGCCACCCUGCACCAGAGAGCAGGCGCAAGCUCACCAGCGCCGGUCGUCAAGCUGCGGCAGAAGGGCUCAGCGGCAGCCGCGCUCAAGUCCGCAUCCGUCCUCAAGCGCGAGGCGUGGAUCCGCCUGCCAUUGCUGCUCCAGCGACCCGAGCGCUUCCCAUCGGACCUGCUGCUGGUCGUUGGCGAUGUGACGCAGACCACUGCGCGAGUGCUGUACGAGGGCCUGAACACGCUCAACGAGCACCACCACAUGCAGGUCAUUGUGCGCCCAACCGCGGCAAACCUCCCCCCCGCGAGCUCAGACGCUCAGCAGAGUCAGAGUCAGCCGCAAAACGGAGCCCAGUACCCAAAGCCAAAGCCAAUCGUUGUCGAGCAUGUUGCCAAGGCACUCGUCAUUGACCAGCUGCAGCCCGGGACGGAGUAUGUCGCGUGCUUCAAGGACACCAACGAGCCCGACGACGAUCGCCGCACAUUUGUGCCAUCGGAGGCGGAGGCGCGCCGACAGCUCGAUGAGACGUGCGCGCAUUCAGACGGCACCAACCGCGUCAUCUUCCGCACGCUGGAUGUGCAUCCGACAAACUACAGGAUUGUGGCAGUCUCGUGCGAUCGCUACUUUGAGGACGGCGACGACACGCUCUGGCAACAGAUGGCCGCAAACCAGACAGACCACGAUCUGACCGUGCAUAUGGGCGAUCAAGUGUAUGCAGAUGCCGUGGUGCGUGCGUACCGGGCGCAACUGGAGCAGUCCUACGAAGGCGAGCUCACGCAUGACGAGCUUGUCGAGGCCUUCCGAAACGUGUACCGAAUCACCUGGUCGCACACUGCCGCGCAGUCCUUCCUUCGCCGCGGCGCGCACUGGAUGCUGCCGGAUGACCACGACAUUAACAACAACUUUGACUUUGCACACAUGGAGACCGAUCUGACGGGCGACAUUCGCAACGACCUGUCGCGCGUCUACUAUGCCGGCCGGCGCGUCCUGUACGAGUACCAGUACCAACUUAUGGGCGACAUUGCUCACCAGACACUCGACACGCAAGACAAGCUCUGGCAUUUCCGCCGUGUCGGCAACAUUGGCCUGAUGAUGAUUGACAUUCGACUCCGCAACGUUUUCCUGCAGGCGGCCACCUUGCGCAAACGCAGCGCACGAUCGCUCGCAAACAGUGAGAUUGAUCUUGGCGAACCGCCAAAACGGCUUGAUCUGCUCGACGCGGUGCAGUUUGACGCCUUCCAAAAGCAAAUUGCCGCAUGGACUGCCGGCCCCGACGCUGCGACAACAGAGGAACUUCUCUCGACGGUGCUCAUGAACGAGCUGGCGCGCCGCAUUCCCGAACACCCGGAGGUGGUCAAGCAAGUGAACGCCAUCUUCCAAUUCAACGUUACCAAGCUCGGCACGGAAGUCAUGCACUGGACGGUCGAUCUCAAGAAUGGUGCUGGCUCUGUGGUGAAGGGUGCGGUUGCAGCAAGCCCAAACACCACCUUCACGCUCUCUGACGAGGACUUUGUUGCACUGGGCUCGGGCAAGCUGCAGGCGCAAAAGGCGUUCCGCAACGGAAAGAUCAAGAUCAAGGGCAGUUUUGCGGCUGCCGAAAAGCUCGAGGCCGUCCUCAAGCAGUACUCCAAGGAUGCAGCCGCCGCCAUUGCAGCAGCCCAGUCCAGCCAGAAGCCUGCGGCUGCUGCCACUGUACCACCCGUCGAUCACAUUGUCGUGUUCUCGAGCGUGCCACUGGCGUACUUUUCCGAGCUCAUGGCCGUGCUGGCCUUCCGAGUGGAUGGGGACCGCACGCCGGCGCAUGCAGACAACAUUGAGGGCGCCAUGGCUGUGCUCGAAGUGUUGCGACCCCACCACGACAAAGUCACCCUUGUCGGUGGCGACGUCCAUCACUACACUUCGUGCAGCCUCUGCCGCGUCCCCGAGCUGUCCGAUCCCGCGCAGACGUGGUUGGUCCGCCGGAUUGUCGAUGCAGCGUACGCCGUGACUUGGCUUGCUCCGCCGCUCAAGCCGUACCUCCCGCAGUUCAUGUAUCUGAUUGCAGGCACCGAGCCAGAGUGCAUGCCCCAAAUCACCGCUUCGGGACUGACGCGCGGAUCCACAGCCCUUGACCACAAAGGCUUGUUUGCCUUCUUUGCUCUUGCCAAGCGCCACUCGAGCUAUGUUAUUCGCAACUGGAUGGUCUCGCACCACGAGAGUAACCCCGACCGCAACUACGCCGUGAUCCAAUUGAAUGAGACGGUCGACGAGAAUGGAGCAACCCGCGUGACUUCGACGUGGCAUGCGACUGUUCUCUGGCAGCCGCGCUCCCGCUGCCGCUGCGACUGA